AUCUAACCUUUCAAAUUUUUAGUCCCACAAUAUUUCAUUUUUUUAUGAGGCCAAAAACUAUCCAUGUUUUCUUCUUUUCUCCCUCUCUUAUUUCCCACCUCUGAGUUUCCAUGUGAUUGUAGUAGCAGUAUAUCAAACUUCCCCCAAAUCUCUCUUCUCUUUCUCUACUGGCAGCCAUAGAUGAAGCUUCAAGCUCAGCCGAUAGGUACUCACUACAAUCCUUGUUUACUCCAUUGCCGUUAUCUUUCGACGGAUAAUUCUCAACUUCCGGUAAAAAAUCAUGUGUUUAGGAGAAAUUCAACCAAUAAUUUCCGGAUAUCAGUUCGUCAUUCCGUUGAUAAUGAGAAUUCCGAGAAAGUUAGCCACGGAAGAAGAGCUAUUAUUCUCACUCCAUUGGUAGCAGUUGGAGUUAGUUUUCUUCGAUCGGCGGUGGUUAAGGCGGAUGAGAAGCUUCCAGAAUCUGUGGUUGUUGCUCAUCCGGUGGAGAAGGUGGAGGAGAAGAUAGAGGAGAUAUCGUCUAGGAUUUACGAUGCUACGUCAAUUGGAGAACCUUUGGCGGUCGGAAAGGAUAAGAGUAAAGUUUGGGAGAAGGUGAUGAAUGCGAGAGUUGUUUAUUUAGGUGAAGCGGAGCAGGUUCCGAUUCGCGAUGAUAAGGAAUUGGAGCUGGAAAUUGUUAAGAGUUUAAGGAAGAGAUGUGUUGAUAGUAAUAGAAGUUUAUCUUUAGCACUCGAAGCGUUUCCAUAUGAACUGCAGGAGCAGCUUGAUCAGUUUAUGGAUAGAAGGAUUGAUGGGGACACCUUGAGGAAAUAUACAACACACUGGCCACCUGAACGAUGGCAAGAAUAUGAGGCUCUUUUAAACUACUGCCGUGAUAAUUCUAUUCGCCUGGUUGCUUGUGGUGCUCCACUUGAGGUGAUGAGGACCGUCCAAGCUGAAGGCAUUCGUGGGCUUUCAGAAGCUGAUCGUAAAAAGUACACUCCUCCUGCUGGCUCAGGAUUUAUAUCGGGCGUUAAUGCCUUUUCUCGUAAAGCAUCGAAAGAAUCAAUAUCUUUAAAUGAGGCAUUAACUUUUGGUCCAAGCUCGUAUCUCACAGUACAAGCUAAGGUGGUUGAGGAUUAUAAUAUGGCUCAGGCCAUUCUGCAAGCAGUGGUAGAAGGAGGACCUUCUGGUUUGCUCGUUGUUAUCACAGGUGCUAGUCAUGUCAUGUAUGGACCUCGAGGCACUGGGAUUCCAGCAAGAAUAUCAAAGAAGAUGCAAAAGAAGAACCAAGUUGUCAUACUACUCAAUCCUGAAAGGCAAUCUAUGAGAAGAGAGGGAGAAGUUCCUGUGGCUGAUUUCUUGUGGUAUUCUGCUGCUAGACCAUGCAGUAGGAAUUGUUUUGAUCGAGCUGAAAUUGCACGUGUAAUGAAUGCUGCUGGCAGGAGAAAAGACGCUCUUCCUCAGGACCUUCAGAAAGGGCUUGAUCUUGGUCUUGUGUCUCCAGAGGUGCUACAAAACUUCUUUGAUUUGGAACAAUAUCCUCUCAUAUCUGAACUUACUCAUCGGUUCCAGGGUUUCAGAGAAAGGCUGUUAGCAGAUCCUAAAUUUUUGAACAGAUUAGCUAUUGAAGAACUAAUAUCAAUGACGACAACUUUGGCGGCACAGUAUGAGAAACGCAAAGAAAACUUUUUCCUGGAACUUGACUAUGUCAUUACUGACACUGUCAGGGGUGCUGUAGUUGAUUUUUUUACUGUGUGGCUUCCAGCCCCUACUCUUUCUUUCUUAUCUUUUAGUGAUGAGAUGGGUAUGUCUGACAGUAUGGAUUCUAUUAAGGGUUUGCUGGGAUCCAUCCCAGACAAUGCUUUUCAAAAAAGUCCUGUUGGGAAGAACUGGAAUCUGACACAUCGGCUUGCAUCAGUACUAUUUGGUGGGCUGAAACUGGCUGGAGUUGGGUUUGUGUCUAGCAUUGGUGCUGUUGCUUCUUCAAAUAUGCUAUAUUCUUUCCGUAAAUUCCUCAAUCCAUCUCUGGUCACAGACCAAAAGAUCAAAAGAUCACCUAUUCUCAAAACUGCUGUUGUAUACAGUAGCUUUCUUGGAAUAUCAGCAAAUAUACGGUAUCAGAUUAUUGCAGGUGUGAUUGAACAUCGAAUAUCCGAGCUUCUUCCCUCUCAAACAUUGCUUAUAAAUAUGCUAUCUUUUUGUGCAAGGGUGGUCAAUUCCUAUUGGGGCACCCAGCAAUGGAUUGAUUUGGCUCGUUAUACGGGGCUGCAAACUCGCAAGACUGAGUCAUCUCUUGAUGCUUCUGAUUCAGUUGAAGUUUCUCCCAUCAAAUGCAAUGGCUCAGAUGAGACCAACGUCAAUGACAUUAACAAUCAGUGAGCUCCCAUUUUAUCGAUUAAUUAUUGUAUUUGUAUGUAAUUUCUCGUGCGUAUAGCAACAUAUAUAGAAAAACAUAGAUCUUUCAAGAAGGCAAUCAUUUUUUCUUCUUAGUUUAGGACAAGAUCACAAUAGGGAAGUAGAUUGGUGAAUAUAGUUCCCUGCAUACGGAAACAACAUAUUUUUGUAAAGCCUACUUUUGCUGCUGAAAUAACAGUUUUUGCUUGCACA